CGUAACUUCCGACGUCUUUUGAAACAAUGAUGGCGACCUCCAUCGGCCAUGCCCCGUGACAGUACGACCGUUCACAUCAACCAGCAGUCCGUGGUUAUCGAGUUACAUUUAACUCUCGAUUGACAAGUUGGUUUCUUCCCAUCUGUCGACUUUCUUUCUAGAGAAUAUGAAUCUGCACAAACUGUCCUCGCGACUGUGCCCUACAGUAACACAGAGGUUCAGGCAUCUCCACAUCCAAAGCAGUGGCCAGCAGCUGGAAGCAGUUUCUGAACCAAAUCUGCUGUCAGUCUUCAGAACUUCAGAGCAGGAUCCUUCGUUUCAUUCAGAAAGACAUACUGGGCAGUACUACACGCUCCCUGCGGCUCACAUCCAAAAACUCUUCCCUCAUGGACUUCCUCCACGCUUCCAGUUGCAGAUUAAAACAUUUAAUGAAGGCUGCGUGAUGGUGAGGCCGCCGGCGCUGGAGCUUAUCUCAUAUCUUAAAAAGGCUGAUUACAGCAAGCCUCCGCUGCGUUAUAUUCUCUAUGGAGAUAUAGGCACUGGAAAGACCAUGUCUUUAAGUCAUGCCCUGCACUACUGCUACACUCAGGGCUGGCUGAUCGUGCACAUACCCGAUGCUCAUCUGUGGGUCAAGAACUGUAAAGAGCUGCUACCAUCGUCUUCCCGCCCCUCACGCUUCGACCAGCCAAUCCAGGCAUCUCAAUGGCUGAAGAACUUCAAAAUCACCAAUGAACGCUUUUUAUCCAAGAUAAAGACAACACAACAGUAUGUGUGGACAAAGAGAGAAAGAACUGAAAAGGGGCAGCCUUUAGGGGAGCUUGUUGAUCAGGGUGUGAAUCGCAUGAAGAGCAGCAGUGAUGUGGUGGGCGCAGUGCUGCGAGAGCUGAGGCUGCAGGCAGGGGGCGCCACCGAGGGCGAGGGGGCCUUUAAACUGGCUGUGGCUGUGGAUGGAGUCAAUGCGCUGUGGGGCAAAACAUCUCUUAAAAAGGAGGACAGAACUAUGUGUGAGCCAGAGGAACUGACUUUGAUUCAUAAUCUGAGGAAGAUGAUGAAAAACAAUUGGAGUGGAGGUGCUGUUCUCACAGCUUUGUCUCAGACCGGCUCUCUGUUCAAGCCACGGUCUGCCUUCCUUCCCAGUGAGCUCCUUGGAGAGGAGGGGUUUGAUCAUAUGGAACCGUUUGUGCCAGUUUCUGUGUCCAACUACAAUGAGAAGGAGUUUGAGAGCUGUUAUCUGUAUUAUUUAGACCGCAACUGGCUGCAGCAUCCACACAGUCUAUCUGAAGAAGGAAAGAAAGAGCUUAUCUUCCUCAGCAACAAAAACCCAUCCACCCUGGAACGAUUGUGUGCCUUCUUGUAAUGCACUUUGCUCUCUCUGCUUGUGUAUAUCAUGUGAUUUCAAUAAAUGUAUAAGCAUGCAGCUUUUUCAUAAUAAAAAUUCAUUUAGACAAAAAAA